GACAGAGAAAGAGAGACAUGAAAGGAGAGAUGAUGAUGUUUAUAAUAUUUUUGAUAGGAAUAUUAGUGUUUGUUAUGAAGGUGUUAUGGUUGAAACCAAAGAAGAUUGAAGAACACUUUGGGAAACAAGGCAUAAAGGGUCCUCCAUAUUGUUUCUUCACAGGUAAUGCUAAAGAGAUUAUAAGUUUGACUAUGAAGGCUUCUUCACAACCUAUGCCUAUGCCUUUCUCUCACAAUAUCCUGCCUAGGGUACUCUCUUUCUACCAUCAUUGGAACAAAAUCUAUGGUCCAAUGUUUCUAGUAUGGUUUGGACCAAUGGCGCGUCUCAUGCUUGCCGAUCCCGAUCUCGUUCGAGAAGUCCUUUGUUUAAAACCAGAAUUGUAUGAAAAAAAUGAAGCUCACCCUCUUAUCAAACAACUUGAAGGUGAUGGGCUCCUUAAUCUCAAAGGAGAAAAAUGGGCAUACCACAGAAAAAUCAUCACUCCAACAUUUCACAUGGAAAAUAUAAAGUUAUUGGUACCCGUAUUAACGGGCAGUGUGAUGAAAAUGCUAGACAAAUGGUUAGGCAUGUCGGAUUUUGGGGAGGUGGAAAUUGAAGUGUCUCAAUGGUACCAAAACCUAACGGAGGAUACAAUGACUAGGACCGCAUUUGGAAAGAAUUACAUGGACGGAAAGCACAUUUUUCAAUUACAAGCUCGACAAAUGGUUUUAACUUCUGAAGCGUUUAAAGGAAUUCCCAUUCCGGGUUAUAGGUUUUUACCCACAAAAAGGAAUAUGGAAUCUUGGAAAUUACAUAAAGUAAUAAAGAAGAGCUUAAUGAGGGUAAUUGAGAGGAGAAGAACAUGGGGUGACAUGGGUAUGAUAAAUGGGCCGAAGGAUCUACUUGGGCUUAUGAUCGAAGCGAGUAGGAAAGAAUCCUCAAUGGUGAUCACGACACCUGACAUUGCGGAGGAGUGCAAGAGUUUUUUCCUUGCAGGUGAACAAACCACAUCUAAUUUGCUGACAUGGACCACCGUAUUGCUAGCAAUGCACCCAGAAUGGCAAGUGAUAGCACGUGAUGAGGUACUUAAUGUAUUUGGAUCACGUGACAUCCCCACUAAAGAUUGUCUUUCGAAGCUUAAAACGUUGACCAUGAUAAUAAAUGAAUCCUUGAGACUUUAUCCCCCAAUUGUUGCGUCAAUUAGACGAGCAAAAGCCGAUGUGGAGUUAGGAGGGUAUAAAAUCCCACGUGGGACCGAGCUACUCAUUCCUGUCCUGGCUAUUCAUCAUGAUCAAAGCAUAUGGGGUAAUGACGCUAAUGAGUUUAACCCACGUCGGUUCUCGAAUGGAGUGGCACGUGCAGCUAAACAUCCCAUGGCCUUUUUUCCAUUUGGGCUAGGUGUUCGCACGUGCAUUGGACAAAAUCUUGCGAUUCUACAAGCAAAGUUGACGAUUGCAAUGAUAUUACAAAGAUUCUCUUUUAAGUUGUCUCCAAAGUAUCAACACGCACCUACUGUUCUUAUGUUGCUUCAUCCGCAAUAUGGUGCACCAAUUAUUUUCAAACAUUUACGAUUGGAUCCAAGCACCAAGGAGACUCAAAGGUCAUAAAAUAUGCCCAAGAUUAGUGCCAAUACUUGUAUGAGUGGACUCCGUGCAUUCUAGUGUACACAAAAACGACCGCCAAAAAGAAUUGAAAAAAAAUGGAAAACUACCAAAACAGUUAUAAAAACAACAAAUCAGAGGAAUAAAUGGUAAAUCAAAUUUGUUUUUAUUUAUUUCUAGUCUACUAUUUUAUUAAAUUAUAUAUAAUAGCUUCUCUUAAGUACAAAAUGCAAUGUAAUUGAUAUUAGUAUUUAGAUAUUGGACAUGUAACUAGCUAGAUGUCUUCAUCCCCUCCCCAUAUAUGUAUGUGAUGUAAAUCUUGUUCAAAUCUAACACCACCUUGUGUA